GACAUUUGAACUAACGUGGAAGAAUUAUUUGGUUUGAUUUUCACGAGGUGUAUCCAAGUUUGGCACGUGUCUUCUCCUCCUCCAUCGCUUUUGCAUGAAUCCGGGGUCACUCCGUUGAGAACAUGUCGCAAAGAAGCAUCGAAUUUGAGCAUUUUGAAGAGCGGGAUAAGCCUGGACACCGCACCCCCAAAGCGAGCUCGGGAUCCGGCUCCUACAGUGGCUCCAGAGGGAACGGUUUGGUCCCCAGCCCGGCUCACAGCGCGCACUGCAGCUUCUACCGCACGCGUACGCUCCAGUCCCUCACGUCAGAGAAAAGGGCUAAAAAAGUGCGUUUCUAUAGAAAUGGAGACAAGUAUUUCAAAGGCCUGGUUUAUGCCGUGUCCAAUGAUCGGUUCAGGUCUUUUGACGCACUGCUCAUGGAACUCACGCGCUCCCUGUCCGACAACGUCAACCUGCCCCAAGGAGUGCGCGCGCUUUACGCACUGGACGGAGGCAGAAAGAUUACCAGUCUGGACGAGCUGGUUGAAGGUGAGAGUUAUGUCUGCGCCUCUAAUGAACCCUUCCGAAGAGUGGACUACACCAAGAACGUCAAUCCCAACUGGUCUGUGGGCUGCAAAACCAGCACCUCCUGCUCCCUCCCGUCCCUCACCUCCCUGAAGAGCGAGAUCCAGCGAGAGUCCAAAGACUUUAUCAAACCCAAACUGGUGACGGUCAUCCGCAGCGGCGUCAAACCUCGUAAAGCGGUGCGGGUACUCCUCAACAAGAAGACGGCUCACUCCUUUGAACAGGUGCUUAGUGACAUCACCGACGCCAUCAAGCUGGACUCUGGGGCGGUCAAGAGGUUGUACACACUGGAGGGCAAGCAGAUCACGUGCCUGCAGGACUUCUUCGGAGAGGACGAUGUCUUCAUAGCGUGUGGUCCAGAGAAGUUCCGCUAUGCCCAGGAUGACUUUGUGUUGGACCAUAGUGGUAAGGCCUGCAGAGGCUUUGUGACUGAAUGCAGAGUGCUCAAGUCUUCAUCACACAGUCGCUCUGUUACUCCAAACCGCACCAAGAGCCCGGGGCCCACACGCAGAAGCAAGUCCCCCGCAUCCGCGAGGCGACCAGUGCACUUUACCAGCAGCCGUCCUAACAGUAAGUCUCCAGUAAACGGUUUCUCGAGCAGCCAGUCGUCGUCUUCCAGAUCCAAUAAGUCUUCAACUCCAUCUCCCACCAGCCCCAGGACCACGCCCGGUUUUAAGAUUCCUAAUUCAAACCACGUCUCCUCACACACAAACGGAGCUGUGAACAACCACCCGGAGCAGACAAGUCCAGAAGUCAAUGGCAACCGUUACGUACCCGCCUCGUCCAUCUCUGAAAAGUACAAAGUCGGUAAAGUGAUUGGAGACGGGAACUUCGCCGUGGUCAAAGAGUGCGUGGAGAGGGCCACGGGAAAAGAGUUCGCCCUGAAGAUCAUCGACAAGGCCAAGUGCGCUGGGAAGGAGCACCUGAUAGAGAAUGAGGUGGCAGUGCUGCGUAAGGUCAAACACCCAAACAUCAUCAUGCUGAUCGAGGAGGUGGACACUCCCACUGAGCUGUGUCUGGUCAUGGAGCUGGUCAAGGGAGGUGAUCUGUUUGACGCCAUCACAUCCUCUGCGAAGUACACAGAGAGAGACGCCAGUAUCAUGGUCUAUAAUCUGGCAGCGGCCCUCAAGUACCUCCACAGUGUCUGCAUUGUGCACAGAGACAUCAAACCUGAGAACCUGCUGGUGUUUGAGUAUCCAGAUGGGACCAAAUCACUGAAGCUGGGGGACUUUGGUCUGGCCACGGUGGUGGAGGGGCCUCUGUACACUGUCUGUGGGACUCCCACAUAUGUGGCCCCUGAAAUCAUCUCAGAGUCUGGUUAUGGUCUGAAGGUGGACAUCUGGGCCGCAGGAGUCAUCACGUACAUUCUCCUGUGUGGAUUCCCUCCAUUCAGAAGUGAGAGUAACCAGCAGGAGGAGCUGUUUGAGCAGAUCCUGCAGGGCCGACUGUCCUUCCCCAGCCCGUACUGGGACAACAUCACCGACUCAGCCAAGGAGCUGAUUGGUCACAUGCUGCGGGUGAAAGCUGAGGCCCGGUACACUGCGCUGGACGUCCUGUCUCACCCCUGGGUCACAGUGUCCUGCUUCAGUGAGGAUAUUGUGACUGAUAACAACAUGAAGAUGGAGGUGUCAGGUAAACUGAAGACGCACUUUAACCCAGCGCCAAAGCACAACCCCACCACAGCAGGAGUCUCUGUCAUCAUGUUUGAGGUGUAAAAGGCGGACUUCUCCUCCUCUCCUUCUCACCCCCUCCUCAUCCCCCUCUCCACUCCUCUCCACCUCCAUCCAUCCAUCCACACGCCCCCGGGACCGCAGGGACCACCCGGAGCUCAGAGCCGUGCUGGUACACUGUCGAGCUUCCUUCCUCCCCCUCCCCUUCCUCCUCCUCCUCUUGUCUCUCUGGUUUUGGCUCAUUAUGUUGUGUUUGUUUCGGGGUCGGCUGCAGCUGCACUAACUGCCCUCA